AUGUUGGAUAAGAAUGGGACAAGCAGGAAAAACCCGUUCGUUUCCGAAGAGCUUCUCAAGAAAUUGAAGAGAUAUGGAGUUUCUGGAAUAUUGUCAUAUGGGUUACUCAAUACAGUCUAUUACACUAUAGCUUUCCUCUUGGUGUGGUUUUAUGUAGCUCCAGCACCCGGAAAAAUGGGUUAUCUUGCUGCGGCUGAGAGAUUUCUUAAAGUGAUGGCCAUGAUCUGGGCUGGAAGCCAAGUUACCAAGCUCAUCAGAAUAGGAGGGGCAGUCGCACUUGCACCUAUCGUAGAUAGAGGAUUGUCGUGGUUUACAGUAAAAUGCAAGUUUGAAAGCCAAGGAAAAGCUUUCGGCGCAAUGGUUGGGAUAUGUCUUGGUCUGGCUUUGAUGCUGUUUAUCGUUGUGACACUGCUCUGGGCAUAG